AUGGCCGCCCAGGUGGCCCCCGCCGCGGCCGCCGCUGGUUUGGGCGCCGCGGAGCUGAAGAAAGCCGAGCCGCCUCGGGAUUGCGCGGCGGAGGAGACCGGCGGCGAGGAGGCGGCGGCGGAGCAGCAGGCGUCGGAAGGCAGCAGCAGCAGCAGCGAGGGUCCCCCGAGCAAGGAGCUGCCGGACGGGGCGGAGAGCAACGGCGAGGCCGAGCCGAAGAGCUCCAACGGCAACGCGGCUGCCAGGCCCGGCGGCGGCGCGCUGAACAAUAACCUGCCCGAGCCGCCGGGCGGUGGGAGCAACGGCAGCGACGGGGUGGGCGCGCCUCAGCCGCCUCCUCCUCCUCAGCCGCCCAUCCCGGCCGCUCUGGCCCCGCCGGCGUACGGCUUCGGGCAGGCUUACGGCCGGGGCGCGCAGGUGGCCUUCCACCAACAUGGCGGACAACAAAGCCCUGGCAUGGCAGCGCUGCAGAGCGGGAGCCUCGAGCAGCCCUACCCGGCGGCGCCUCCUCCUCCUCCUCAGAACUCGCACGGCGGCCCCGCGGCGGCGGCGGGAGGAGGCCCCGAGCACGGCUUCGCCAACCACCAGUACAACUCCUACUACCCGCGCGGCGCGGCCUCCUACCCGCCUCAAGCCUACGCCCUCAGCUCGCCUCGCGGGAACGGCCAGGCCGGGCCCAAACCUCCGGCGGCGGCGGCGGCUUUCCAGCAGCAGCAGCGCUUCGGGGCCAUGGGGCCUUCGGCGGCAGGAGGAGGAGCGGGAGCGGGCGGAGGCGCCACCCCGCAGCCCACCUCGACCCCCACGCUCAACCAGCUCCUCACCUCGCCCAGCUCGGCCCGAGGCUACCAAGCCUACCCGGGCGCCGACUACGGCGGCGGGCCCCAAGACGGCGGCGGCGGAGCGUCGAGCAAGGCCCCGGCAGCCGCCGACAUCGCCUCGCAGUACAGCGGCGCCACCGCCGGGCAGGGCUGGGUGGCGGCCGCGGCCGGAGGAGGAGGCCAACAAAGGAGCCACCACGCGCCCAUGAGCCCCGGCAGCAGCGGCGCUGGAGGGGGGCAGCCGCUCGCCAGGAGCCAGCAGCCAUCCAGCCCAAUGGAUCAGAUGGGGAAGAUGAGACCUCAGCCUUAUGGAGGAAACAACCCAUACGCACAGCAGCAGGGACCUCAAUCAGGGCAACAGCAAGGUCACGGAUAUCCAGGGCAGCCAUAUGGGCCACAGACUCCUCAGAGAUACCCCAUGGGAAUGCAGAGCAGGACACAGAGUGCGAUGGGCACUGUGUCUUAUGCACAGCAGAUUCCUCCUUAUGGACAGCAGGGCCCUAGUGGAUAUGGACAGCAGACCCAGACUCCCUAUUACAACCAGCAAAGUCCUCAUCCCCAGCAGCAGCAGCCUUCGUAUGCUCAACAGCCGCCAGCUCAGACCCCUCACUCUCAGUCUUCUUAUCAGCAGCAACAAAGUCAGUCUCAGCCUCCACAGCUCCAGUCCUCCCAGCCCCCAUAUUCGCAGCAGCCAUCACAGCCACCCCAUCAGCAGUCGCCGUCUCCAUAUCCUCAGCAGCAAUCCUCUGCUCAGCAGCAUCCGCAGAGUCAGCCAGCCUAUUCGCAGCAGCAGUCUCAGUCACCUUACCAGCAGCAGCAAACUCAGCAGUCUGUUACCUCUGCGCUUUCUCAACAGACAGCAUCUUAUCCUCAGUCUCAGUCACAGCAGCAGUCGGCAUAUUCUCAGCAGCGCUUCCCACCUCCACAGGAGCUCUCACAAGACUCAUUUGGAUCCCAGGCAUCGUCUGCUGCCUCAAUGGCUUCCAGUAAAGGGCAAGAAGAUGUAAAUUUGAAUCUUCAGUCACGACCAUCUAGCUUGCCGGAUCUGUCUGGUUCAAUAGAUGAUCUGCCCAUGGGUACAGAAGGAGCGCUGAGUCCUGGCGUCAGCACAUCAGGGAUUUCCAGCAGUCAGGGAGAGCAGAGCAACCCAGCUCAGUCUCCUUUCUCUCCGCAUACCUCUCCUCACUUGCCGGGCAUCAGAGGACCUUCACCGUCACCUGUUGGGUCUCCUGCUAGUGUUGCUCAGUCACGCUCUGGCCCGCUCUCCCCUGCUGCAGUGCCAGGCAACCAGAUGCCAUCUCGACCGCCCAGUGGCCAAUCUGACAGCAUCUUGCAUCCUUCCAUGAACCAGUCAACCAUAGCCCCAGAUAGAGGUUACAUACAGAGGAAUCCACAGAUGCCCCAGUAUAAUUCCCCUCAGCCUGGGUCCGCCUUAUCGCCACGUCAGUCUUCUGGAGGACAGAUGCAUGCUGGGAUGGGACCUUAUCAACAAAAUUCCAUGGGCAGUUAUGGACCUCAGGGAGGUCAAUAUGGGCCACAAGGUGGCUAUCCCAGGCAGCCAAACUACAAUGCUAUGCCCAAUGCAAAUUAUCCCAGUCCAGGAAUGGGGGGAAGCAUGAACCCAAUGGGAGCAGGGAGCCAGAUCCAUGGUCAGACUGGUGUCCCUCCUUAUCCUGGGCUUCCUCCAGGAAGAAUGAGCCACGCUGCCAUGGGGAACAGGCCCUAUGGACCCAACAUGGCAAACAUGCCUCCCCAGGUAGGGACUGGAAUGUGUCCUCCUCCAGGUGGCAUGAACCCAAAAGCACAACAAGCUGCCGCCGCCGCCGCUAUGCAUGCUGCUGCCACCAACUCAAUCCAGAAUAGGCCAUCUGGUUACCCCAAUAUAAGCCAAGGUGGAAUGAUGGGCACUGGACCUCCGUAUGGCCAAGGAAUCAACAGCAUGGCUGGCAUGCUAAAUCCCCAAGGGCCGCCAUAUACAAUGGGUGGAAACAUGGCCAACAAUUCUGCAGGGAUGGCUGCAAGCCCUGAGAUGAUGGGACUUGGUGACGUCAAGCUUACACCUGCAGCUAAAAUGAACAAUAAAGCAGAUGGGACACCAAAAGCUGAAUCUAAGUCAAAGAAGUCCAGCUCCUCUACUACCACAAAUGAGAAGAUUACUAAGUUAUAUGAGCUGGGUGGUGAGCCAGAGAGGAAGAUGUGGGUAGAUCGCUAUUUGUCCUUCACUGAAGAGAAAGCAAUGGGCAUGACCAAUCUUCCAGCUGUGGGCCGGAAACUGGACCUGUAUCGGCUCUACGUCUCAGUAAAGGAGAUUGGAGGGCUGACCCAAGUUAACAAAAACAAGAAAUGGCGUGAGUUAGCCACCAAUUUGAAUGUGGGCACUUCUAGCAGUGCAGCUAGCUCAUUGAAGAAGCAGUACAUCCAGUGUCUCUAUGCCUUUGAAUGCAAGAUUGAGCGAGGUGAAGACCCUCCUCCAGACAUCUUUGCAACUGAUCCAAAGAAGUCACAGCCCAAAAUACAACCUCCAUCUCCAGCGGGUUCAGGUUCCAUGCAGGGCCCACAGACACCUCAGUCCACCAGUAGCUCUAUGGCGGAAGGAGGAGACCUGAAGCCCCCAACUCCUGCAUCAACACCACACAGUCAAAUGCCCCCUUUGCCAGGCAUCAGGAGUAACUCAGUGGGUCUUCAGGAUGCCUUUCCUGAUGGCAGUGACCCCACUUUCCAGAAGAGGAACUCCAUGACUCCAAAUCCAGGGUACCAGCCCAGCAUGAAUACUUCCGACAUGAUGGGCCGUAUGUCCUAUGAGCCAAAUAAGGAUCCAUAUGGCAGUAUGAGAAAAGGAAGUGAUCCCUUUAUGUCCUCGGGGCAGGGCCCUAACAGUGGCAUGGGUGAUCCUUAUAAUCGUGCUGCAGGCCCAGGGAUGAGUAACAUGGCUUUGGGGCAGAGGCAACAUUAUCCUUAUAGUCCAUAUGAGAGAGUGAGGACUGAAGCAGGAAUGGGACCUGAAGCCAAUUUAGGAAGUGGAACGCCCCAGCCCAACAUCAUGCCUUCUACUCCUGAUUCAGGGAUGUACUCUCCCAGCCGUUAUCCUCAGCAGCAGCAGCAGCGACAUGAUUCCUAUGGCAAUCAAUUUUCCACUCAAGGUACAUCCUCUGGAAGCCCCUUUCCGAGCCAACAAACCACCCUGUAUCAACCGCAACAGCAGAAUUACAAGCGACCGAUGGAUGGCAACUAUGGCCCCCCAGCCAAAAGACACGAAGGGGAGAUGUACAGUGUAUCGUAUAGCACAGGCCAGGGCCAAGCCCAGCAACAGCUGCCUCCAGCGCAAGCCCAGCAACCGAGCCAGCAGCAAACUGCUCAGCCUUCCCCACAGCAGGAAAUGUUUAACCAGUACGGAAGUACAUACUCUGCUACUGACCGCCGACCCGGCGGACCGCAGAACCAGUUCCCAUUCCAGUUCGGCCGAGAUAGGGUCUCUGCUCCCCCAGGCUCCAGCACACAACCGAAUAUGCCGCCUCAGAUGAUGGGUGGUCCUGUUCAGUCCACUCCAGAGGGCCCUCAGCAGGGCAGUAUGUGGCAAGGGCGCAACGAGAUGGGCUACGGCUACCCCAACCGGCAGAGCCCGGGCUCUGCACCGCAAGGGCCUGCGUAUCACGGAGUGAAUCGAACGGAUGAAAUGCUACACCCAGAUCAAAGAGUUAAUCACGAGGGACCAUGGCCUUCUCAUGGGAACCGUCAGCCUCCUUAUGGUCCCUCUGCCCCCGUGCCCCCCAUGACGAGGCCGCCACAGCCAAACUACCAGACCCCUCCUAGCAUGCAGAAUCACAUUCCUCAGGUAUCUAGUCCAGCACCUCUUCCCAGGCCAGUGGAAAACCGUACCUCUCCAAGUAAAUCUCCAUUUCUGCACUCGGGAAUGAAAAUGCAGAAGGCGGGGCCUCCGGUCCCUGCCUCGCAUAUAACACCAGCAGCCGUACAAUCUCCUAUGAUACGACGGGACAUCACAUUCCCACCUGGAUCUGUGGAAGCGACACAACCUGUGCUGAAGCAAAGGCGGCGUCUGACCACAAAAGACAUUGGAACACCGGAAGCCUGGCGAGUGAUGAUGUCUCUGAAGUCUGGGUUAUUGGCUGAAAGCACAUGGGCCUUAGAUACGAUCAACAUCCUACUUUAUGAUGACAACAGCAUCAUGACCUUCAACCUCAGCCAGCUGCCAGGAUUAUUGGAGCUACUGGUGGAAUAUUUCCGGCGUUGCCUGAUUGAAAUCUUUGGAAUCCUGAAAGAAUACGAGGUGGGAGAUCCGGGGCAAAGAACAUUAUUGGAUCCUGAAAGGUUCUGCAAGUCUUCGUGUUCGGCACCUGAAGAUGGGGAGAAAGAGGAACCACGGAGCCCGAACUGCGAGGAAGAAGAGGAGGAGGAAGAAGAGGAAGGGGAAGAAGAGGCUGCCUUCGCAAAUAAAGCUGCGGCGCCUCUAGAGAAUAAUGAGGAGAAACUGGUCAGUAAGUUUGACAAGCUUCCAGUCAAGAUAGUGCAGAAGAACGAUCCAUUUGUGGUAGAUUAUUCAGACAAACUCGGCCGGGUGCAGGAGUUUGAGAGUGGGUUGCUGCACUGGCGGAUUGGUGGAGGAGACACCACUGAACACAUUCAAACCCACUUUGAGAGCAAAAUGGAGCUGCCACUGGCUCACAAACGAGCUUCCUGCAGCUCUGUUUUGCGAAAACGUUCUGUAGCUGAGAGCAACCCAGGUGCCCAGGAGGGAGGGUCCCUUCCAUCUGAUGGUCCUCCGGAGAAAAGGAUAACAGCAACUAUGGAUGAUAUGCUUUCAGCACGGCCAGGUGCAUUGGCGGCGGCGGCGGAGGAGGAGGAGGUCAGGAACGUGGAGGUGGCAAAGGAGAGCAGUAAAUUCCCAUUCAGCGUCAGUCCCGCUCAGAGCCACCGAAACAUAAAAAUAUUGGAGGAUGAGCCUCAUAGUAAGGAUGAGACACCUUUGUGUACGCUUCUAGACUGGCAGGACUCGCUGUCUAAACGCUGCAUCUGUGUGUCUAAUAUCAUCAGGAGUUUAUCAUUUGUGCCAGGUAAUGACUUUGAGAUGUCCAAACACCCUGGUUUGCUGCUGAUCCUAGGGAAACUGGUUCUUCUUCACCAUAAGCAUCCCGAACGCAAGCAGGCACCACUGACCUACGAGAAGGAAGAGGAACAGGACCAAGGAGUGAGCUGCAACAAAGUGGAGUGGUGGUGGGACUGCUUGGAGAUCCUGCGUGAGAACACGCUGGUGACGCUGGCCAACAUCUCUGGGCAGCUAGACCUUUCACCGUACCCAGAGAGCAUCUGCCUGCCUAUCCUGGAUGGACUUCUCCACUGGGCUGUGUGUCCCUCUGCAGAAGCCCAAGAUCCUUUUCCAACCCUGGGUCCUAAUGCUGUCCUCUCGCCACAGAGGCUGGUUUUAGAAACUCUCAGCAAACUCAGCAUCCAGGACAACAAUGUGGAUUUGAUCCUCGCAACGCCACCCUUCAGUCGCUUGGAAAAACUCUACGGCACCAUGGUGCGUUUCCUCAGUGACAGAAAGAACCCGGUUUGCCGGGAGAUGGCUGUGGUACUACUGGCCAACUUGGCACAGGGCGACAGCUUGGCAGCUCGAGCCAUAGCUGUUCAAAAGGGCAGCAUUGGCAACUUGUUGGGCUUUUUGGAGGACAGCCUGGCAGCUACUCAGUUCCAGCAGAACCAAGCCGGUUUGAUGCACAUGCAAAACCCUCCCUUUGAGCCAACGAGCGCGGACAUGAUGCGCCGGGCAGCCCGGGCACUGCUUGCCUUGGCCAAAGUGGACGAGAACCACUCCGAGUUCACGUUAUAUGAGUCGCGGCUCUUGGACAUCUCCGUGUCACCUUUGAUGAACUCGUUGGUCUCACAAGUUAUUUGCGAUGUACUGUUUUUAAUUGGCCAGUCAUGACAGCCGUGGGAUGCCUAUUUACCCCCCCGUGUGUGUGUGUGUGAGUGGAGGACUUUAGAAAACUGAUUGUUGCCCCUUUAUUUAUGCAAAACCACCUCAGAAUCCACUGUCUGCCCUGCGCUGUCCUGCUUCUACCUUGGGGAAAAGAUGUCCCCCCCUCCCCUUCAGAUCUUUCCUAAGCCCCUGUUUAAGGAGACAAAGCUCUGCCUACAUUUAAAAAAAAAAGACUUUUUUAUUUUAACCAAAGUUACUGUCGUUUACAGUGAGUUUGGGGAAAAAAUUACCAACUUUGUCCUGUCUCUCGCAUCGGCAGGCGCUAGUAUCAUAACUGUUUUUAAUGGUAAACUCUGAAGGACAAAAAAAAAAGCGACUGCUGAACUCUUGUGUGGUUUAUCGUUGUACAUUCACAAUCUUGCAGGAACCAAGAAGCUACCAGUUCAACAGACCUUGUCCAGAUGGGAGGCCUGUGCAGUAGAGUGUAGAACUUCAUGUACUGUACACCUUAAACUGUAAACAUACUGUAAUAAUGUCUCACAUUGAAGAAGAAAAAAAAAAGCUGGAUCAGCAGCAAGCUGUAGUUUUUAAAAAUGUUUUUAGUUUAAUUGUUGAGGAGAAAAAAAAAGGCUUUUCCCCCAAAGUAUCAUGUGUGAACCUACAACACCCUGACCUCUUUUUCUCUCUUCCUCCUUGAUUGUAUGAAUAACCCUGAGAAUCACCUCUUUAGAACUGGUUUUAACCUUUAGCUGCAGCUGAAUCGCUGCCACGUGUGUAUAUAUAUAUGACGUUGUACAUUGCACAUGCCCUCAAACUCCUUGCAGUUCUGUUCCCCCUUCUCCUUGCACCCCCACCCCCCUCUUUAUAGUAUGACGAGUUAAAAAAACGAGUUGAUGACCUGCGAAAAUGAGACACCAAUUAUUUAAUCUCUUGCCAGACAUCUCUCUCUCUUUCUCUUUCUCUCUUUGGAAGAUGCUGUACAGGUCUCUGUGUAUAAAGUCAUUGCUGUCUCUGCAGCCAAUCAACUUAUAGUUUUAUUUUUUUCCUGGGGUUUUUUUUUGUUUUAUUUCUUUCUAAUCGAGGUGUGAAAAAGUUCUAGGUUCAGUUGAAGUUCCUGAUGAAGAAACACAAUUUGAGAUUUUUUCAGUGAUGAAUUCUGCAUAUUUGUAUUUCAGACGAUGUAGCUAAAAAAAAAACUUGAUGUAAAUUCCUCCCUUUUUUCCUUUUUUUGGCUUAAUGAAUAUCAUUUAUUCAGUAUGAAAUCUUUAUACUAUAUGUUCCACGUGUUAAGAAUAAAUGUACAUUAAAUCUUGGUAA